ACCAGCUCCAAUACUUUGCACUGUAUUUGCAACAAUUAAGGAUGGCGUGCAUCUGAGAGCUGUGGAAUGUGCAAAAAUGUACUGUCUCCACUUUGGCCGAUGUCCAAUCUCACGUGACUACCUUCGUUAGAUAGAACUAGGUGUGACAUCUGGGACAGCAGAAAAUACUUGUCGAACCGACGUCAGGUGAUCUUCCCCUGAUGGGGUCACAACGCUGUGUUUCUGUGACGGAACUGUUACAUAUCACCCGAGUUCUGCCAGUACGUGAAAUUGGGGGAGGAGGUCGAUCAGUGCACAAGCCAGACACAUUUGAACACAAGCACAGAGCAAUCACAGUCAGCUCAGCCAAUAUCUCAGGGAAGCGCAAUCAAAUUCAUCCAAAUUCCAGUGGCGAUUGCUCCACAAGGAGUACGGCUUCCAUCCGGCACUCAAUUGAUGUUUUUACCUCCUAAGCGCCUUCCGAUAUUGAUGUCUCCGCUAUCUGCUCAACAUUUCACAGUUGAUGCUCCAAAGAUGGGACCUCAACCCAAACCAGAUGUUCUCAUGACCACAGCUGAUGCACAAGGCUUAGCCAAACAGGAAAGACUGUUAAUAUCUCCCCAUUCUCCCAGUGCAAACGUAUCAUGCGUUGAAAGUCAGUUGGCGCACCUAUCCAAUUGGGUUCAGAAGCUACAGAAAUUGCCAGAAGAUCCUGCCGACUAUCCAAACCAGCGCUGCCUGACAGACUUAUAUCCACAGACGGAAGUGUCAAAUAAUGAGAAUAAAAUGUCUGAAUGGACAUCUAACGACAAAAUCGGUUCCAGAAAUGUUACUGCUUUUUUGACCAAAAGCGCGGCGAAUCCGGAAUUUUCUUGCGAAACUGAUCUUGACGGCAACACCAUCCCUGCUCGUCACCGUGGAACUGAAAUGAUCAAUACUAAUAUCGAUGGCUCCAAAGAAUUGUACGCUUCCCGUGUGAUUGCACCUGGUUCUCCAGUAACCCAGCCCAUAUUGGCUUGUCUUCAAGUGACUCAAAAUGAGUUAAUUGAUGUUAAAAAUGAAUUACGAAGCCUGCGAAACUUACAUGCUUCAGCAAUGCUGAAACAAAAAGAGGCGAUCUCAGAAGUAAUGCGCAAAAUACAAGCCACGAUAAUCUGCAAUGAAAAGCUGGAUAUGAGUCCCCUUCAAGCUGCGCGAGCGGAGCUGAACACAAACCUUUCUGUUUACCGGAGAGGAGCUGAAGAAAUUCACUUGUGGCUUCGUGAUCUGGAUAAGACAAUCGAAGAUCUGCGCAUAACUGCACUUUCCAAAAGAUGUAGAGUCAGUCAAACUGAAGCAGAGGUCUUAAAACUGCAACUGAGUCGCGUAAGCCUCAGUUUACUAAAUUUUAAAGAUUAUCUCCCGAACAUCAAUGAACUGUUCAGAACGGUGGCGGAUGCGGAGCUCAAAGUGAUUCAGAACAACAAAAACUACCUGGAAAGUGAAUCUGGUCGCAUAGAACAGGCACUUGAUCGCAUCAGAAAUCUGGCAAAUAUACUGUGCACACUUAAGCGCCUCAGCUCAAUUCAAGAAAACAGCGUUGAUGAACACAUCCCGACUAUUAGAACGGUGAGAGAACCUACGACAGAAGAACGGAAUUUGUUGAUGAAGCAAAUACAAUCUCUUGCCCCUGAUCAUCAAGCAAGGCUCAAGGGAAUUCAGGAGUCGGAAGAGAUGUCAAGUAUUCGCAAACGAAUUUUAAAGUUAGAUGCCACCAGAAAACUUGAGGAACUUGAUACGAUUCCGAAAAUACCAUAUAUGCUGUCUUUGAGCUCCGAGCAUGAUUCAGAUACUCCAAAGUGCACUCCAUUCCACUGGGAAGAAAAUGAAGCAACCCACAUUGAAAGUGAUGACGUUCUGUUGACUAGUCUCCGCCAAGUGUAUCGAUCUGCAUCUACCGGACAGCGUCAGAAAACAACCCACUCAUCAGAACUCAAUCCUGGUGACAAUAGAGCGGAGCGAGGGACACCAGAUGAACACAAGCCUACCAAAAUGUCCAGUCGGCAGAAUCGCCAUUGUGUAUGGGACGAGCAUUCACCAAAUGAACGACCGUUUCUUCUCCGGAAUACGACAAAUAACAAUGACUUCGCCGAGCUGUCGGAGACCACCGGUGCGGAACCACGUAUAAAAGAACUACACAUUUUGCGCACGGAAAGAGCAAAUCAUCUCGCCAAUGCACAAAAUUCAACUAACGUAGCACCCAAUAUUUUGAAGAGAAAACCCGUGACAACGCUGAGAGAAAGCCCAGUAGCACAUCCAGAACACGGUCUUCAGGAUAAUCGACCAUCAAUCAGGCGAAGUCACGUGGUCUUCUCACGAACGGUGCUAGUCAGUGAUGGGACAGAAACGGCGCAAUAUUGCUUUUCAUCUGAAACAGAUGAAGACGGUGAGGAAGAUAGGAGAGGAGAUCCUCAUCCGAACCGUGCAUCCGUUACGCUGGACGACCUCGCACUUGGUCGGACAAGGCAACCAUGGACAGUGGGUCGCGUUAUGAAUCGCAGUAAACAAUACAAACAUGAGUACAAAACACAGUUUACAACAGAUUUCACAACAAAUCAGGGUCCAUUAGAAGAUGGUAUACAUAGCGUAACCAACCGAACAAGUGACAAACCCCAGACCACCCAACAGCAUCAUCACAAAUGUCAAGCCGUGCGUCAUUCCGUGAGGAAAUUCGAUGAAUCAACAUCGAUUCCCUUCAUUUCGUAA